AUGACCGCUCUGAGGCUCAAAUUGGUCACCCCCAAAACCACCACCAACCACAGCUUCCCUCACUCACUUCUUGACUUGGCCUCCUCAAGUCCCCCCCACUGUAAUCCCCUCAACACCACACCCCAACAGCUUCUUGAAGACCCCAAGCACACCCAUCAUCAUCACCACCACCAGCACCACCCCAUCUCUUCCUCACCAUCGAAUCCCAGCAUGGGUCUGGGCGUUGGUGGUUGGAGCUUCUUGCAUCCCCUCUCGACCAACAAAUACCAAGAACCCUCCGAGCCGGACCAAGAACCGCCCGUUUACGUCCACCCUCUGGCGAGAGCCUCCUCGCUCAGGCUCAGCCCGCUGAGCUUGGAGCUCUGCACGGAGAACCUCGGCAGCGAGAGCAGCAACAUCGUCACGUUCGACGACGAUGACGGCGACGGCGACCCCCGGGACGAGAGCAAGUCGGCGAAGAGGGAACAAACAGCCCCGAGGCCUUGGUCGACACGACAAAUCAUGAACGUGGAAAACGCAACCAAGAAAGCGAAACCUGGGACUAACAUUAAUGAUAGCAACAGCAACAGUUUCCCACCACCUUUGACGACGAUGGCUAACGACUCCAUACGAGUGAGGCCGCACAGGGAAGAAGGGAGGUUGAUUCUUGAGGCCGUGAGGGCCCCACAGGGGAAUCGUUCCUGCUUUCAUGCCGAGCGAAGCCAUGGCCGCCUCAGGCUCUGCCUUUUCAAAGACAGGUCACCUCUCUGCUUUGACUCCGAAGAACAAGACGAUAGGGUAGAUGUCGAGGCAAGGACUGACGGCGACGCUGAAAACGAAACAGCCGAGAACGACGUCGCGGAGGAGGAAGAAGAAGAAGAAGAAGAAGAAGUGGGAGGAGAAUUGUCAUUAGUUGACGAACAAGAAGAAGAAGAGAAGGAAGAGGCAGAGCAAGACAGCGAUGGGGACGAUUGGGAAGAGGAGGGCAUGGAGGGAACUCAUGAGAGUGUUGGGGGCAAGUCGGGGAUGGAAAUGUUGCAGCAUCACCAUCGCCAAAGGCCGACCUGUUGUAAAGAAGGAGGAGGGAAUGAGCAUGGGAGCAGGAAGAGAUUGUUGUAUUGUAAGGCUUUCUUGGUGGCCACAUAGAGGAGAUCUCUCUCCCCCCAUCAUGGACUUUCAAAUUAUAAUUCUCUCUCUCUCUCUC